CGCGCUCCCGCGGCUCCGCCCCCAUCGGCGCGCGCCCCCACGGUGGCCGAGGGGCGGGGGACGCGGGGAGGCCGGCCAUGGAGGCCCUGAGAAGGGCCCACGAGGCCGCGCUCCGGCUGCUGCUGUGCCGGCCUUGGGACUCGGGCGCCGCCUCCCGCCCCAAACCCCGCGCCUCGGAGGUGCUGACACAGCACCUGCUGCAGCGGCGCCUGCCGCACUGGACCUCCUUCUGCGUGCCCUACAGCGCUGUCCACAACGACCAGUUCGGCCUAUCGCACUUCAACUGGCCGGUGCAAGGCGCCAACUACCACGUCCUACGCACCGGCUGCUUCCCCUUCAUCAAGUACCACUGCUCCAAGGCCCCCUGGCAGGACCUGGCCAGGCAGGACCAGUUCUUCACGGCGCUCAAGGUCGUCAACCUCGGUAUUCCAACUUUAUUAUAUGGACUUGGCUCCUGGUUAUUUGCUAGAGUCACAGAGACUGUGCAUACCAGUUAUGGACCAAUAACAGUUUAUUUUCUAAAUAAAGAAGAUGAAGGUGCCAUGUAUUGAAAGUGUGCAUCGGAGAACAUAAAUAUUAGUGGAUUUUCUCUUAUGUGAAUGUGCAGUAUUUAUUUUUGAUCCUUUAAAAUAAAACUUUUGCAAACACUUUGUUUUUUCUAUGAUGUCUGGCUCUUUAAGAUGAAUCAUUGUUCUCAAGAGACAAAGCUUUUCACACAUUGUUAUAUAUUACAUACUCCCUUUAGUCAAUGGGAACUAGAAACACAUGAAGCUUAUACCAAUUUUUUCCUAGAACUAGAUUAAACUACAGAUAAAAAAUGAUUAUAACAUAUAUAGAUUUUAUAGUUAGGUAUUAACAAAUUCUCUUCAAAGAGAAAAUACAGACACCACACAAAGAAGGAAGAGGAAAAAAAAUCUUUUACAUAGCAUUGGAAAAAGUAGUAGAGGAUAUUAGGGGAUAUGGUGGAGAUAAUAUAAUAUUGGCAAAUCCAAAAUUGAUGAGAAUUCUAAUUGCAGUCUGAAAUCUAAACUAUUCUGCUGCCAGGAUUUUCAAUGGAAAUGUAUUAAAGCUCUUAAUGCCAUUUACCUGGAUAAGAAGUCUGGGUAUAAUGUUGAAACUUCUCAUUGCGUAAAGAAUCCAAUACCAACUACCUUUUAAAAUAUAAUAACUGGUUAAUGUAAAUGCAUCAAGAUAAAUGAAAUUAAGACUUAUUAAAAGUUAAAAUAGCAUGCUGAUAAAGCUGUAAGAACAAUAAAAAUCUAGCAAGACUCAGAAAAAUAAAUUUGAUAACUGUUUAUAAAAGCAAUUAGCUCAAAUGGUACAUAUCCAUAGACUUAUUGGCGAUGGGAAGUGGGCUGAAAUUUUAAAGACCUGAUGGCAGUUUUGCAUUAGAAUUUUAUUAAUUUAAUUGCAUUUUUGAAAGCAAAGUCAUUAAACAAAAUUUAUCCUUGGGGGUAGUUACAAAAUACCCAGACGAAUGGUAAAUUUCAGAAAUUUGGAGUAAUUUAGGGAGAACUAAGUAGAACUAUUUAAUUUCUAAACCAAUGGGUGUUUAAGAUUUAUGAUCUUUCCCAUAAUUACAAACAUACAUUAUAUAUUAUUUUAUGUUAAUGUGUUGCUGAUACUCUAUAACAUUUACACUUUUUUGUAGCAAAAUAUAAAAUUCUAUCUAACCAACAUUUGGAUGUUUGCUUCUGGCAAAUCAGUAGAGAAUGAGGAAGUGAUUGAGGUGAAAGCACCAGAAUCACAAAGUAAUACAAACUGGCUUCAUUAAAGGUAGUCAUUUUAAAUGAGCUACAGAGAGUGAACUGUUCUUCAAAUAUAUGUAGUGUUCACUUGUCUAAAAGCAAUUCUAAGUAAUACUUUAAUCAAAGAAGUACUUAUGCCAACAUAUUUAGUCCAGAAGAAUAUACUUGACACUAGUUAAAUGAAUGGCUUACACAAAGAAGAUAGUGUUACAUUAAGCUUCAUUAAUAAUAAAACUGACUAUUAGCAUUUUGCAAGGAAGGCUAGAACUGAUUUCCUCUGUAAUGGGCGAAGUUAAAUAACUAUAGCUCAUAAGUUUUAAGUCAAAUACUGCUCAUUCAUUGCUGCUGGUUUUGUCAAUACUUGUUGUAAAGGUUUGGUCCCAACACAAGGCUGAUAAAAUGGUUUUUAAUUACCAGACUAUAAAUACAGCUUUUCAGUAGAGUUGCACUUCUUUUCACAGCGGCCUGUUUGAUUUCUGAUAAUUUGUAGUGCUGACUCUGCUUACCUGUUUUCCAAUAGCUAUAGUCAGUGUGACUUCUUGUCCAUAUGGUGAUAGGUAAGUCUCCUCGGAGAACAUCUUUGACAAACUACCCUAUUGAUCUCUGUAAUUCUCCGCUUGCAGCAUUAAAUAGAGCCUUGAUUUCUUGUCUGAUGUGCUCACUGUGUAACAAUUAAGCAAAUGUAAUAUUUUCUUGUAUUACAUGAAAAUCAAUAGACCUCUUGCUCUCAAAGAGUUGAUCACGGUGAAGGAUGAACUCAGUGAUGGCUAAGGGCAUGGUUCAAAUAUUAAAAUAUCAUUCAUUGGAUUUAUUAAGUCUUAUGAACCUUUUAGUCUGAAAAAUGAUUGCCAUUGAACAGUAAUGGUUUAAGUUUUUUUCUUUAAAGUUGGAUAUUACAUCAAAGCAUUGUGGCCUAAAAGGGAUAAAGUAUAAAGGCUGGAUGUCAAGAGAUUGAUUCUAUUUUUAGUAGUACCAGAGCUGUCUUACUUUUUGACCUCAAGCUGUUAACUCUACUCCUUUGAGUCUUUGUUUUUUUCCACCUGUAAUUUGAGGACAAAACAAGAAACCUUUAUAUCUUAAAAUAUAUCAUGAAUAUACUUGUAAUUGAAUGUCAGUUUUAUUUCAGAAAAUCUGUUUGCAAUCCUCAUCCUUCUGUUCCAUAUAUAUAUGUAUGUAUAUAUGUAUAUAUACAUAUAUAUAUAUAUAUGACUUCAUUAAUAAAAGGAUUUUUAAAUGUGAGAGGAAGAAAGGAGAAGACACUGAAAGCAUUGUGUGUGAGUGUCUGCACAUGUGGUUAUGUCUGACAUGGAAAGCAGGGUUCCUACCCUUCUGUAUAUCAAGAAUUUUCUUAAUUAAUGAAACAACCAAAGGGCUUUUCUGUCUAUACUUCUUUAAUGGGAUUUUGUCUUUAAAAUAAUCUAGGCACAACUAUUUUUUAACAACGGUGUGUUUUUAGUAUAAAAUCUUGCAUCUCUUCUAUUGUUAUUUCUAUACAAAUCAAUUAUCCUGUAUUGGAAGAAAUUCCCAGUCAAAAUUGUUAUUUCCUAUGUAAGUUGUGAACCACCAUGAAGAUGCAGUAACAGAGUUGGGAGCAUGAAAGAAGUUCCUAAUACAAAAAUCCCUAGUUUCUCAGUGCUAAUGUCUUCACACACCAAAUUAUACAAAUUGUUAUAAUUUAGUCACUAAUAUUUUGUUAAUUAUUGACCAGUAAAAAUUGAAAUAUUUUUAAUUCUUAUAAGCCAUAUGUAUUUCUUUUUAAACGUACAUUUUAUUUUGUGUCAUUUAUAUUCACUCAAAACAAUCACAGAACAUCUAUAAUUCUUCAUCAAAUAACUCAUUAAAGAAUGAAUGACGUUUGAAUGAGCUGGGUGACAUAAAGACAAGGAUCCUGGUUUCAGUUCAUUUAAAAGCUAAUGCAGAAUAACAGAAACCUUAUCUUAAAGCUAGUGGAUCGGGUAUCUACUUUUUUUCAGCACUUACCAUUCAGACGGUAAUGAUGUUUGGGGGCAUCUUAACCUAAACAAGUACUUAGCAUUACAUCUCACCUGGGUCAACAGUCUAGGGUAUCACAGUUAAACUGUUACUGUAAAUUAAUGGAAAAUGUUACUGCACUUUGCUGAAAGAUCAAUGUCCAAUAAA